AUGCGGACCCCAGCCAAGGAGGCUCUGGAAGCACUGCUGCCUGCCAGCCUGAGGACCGCAAGCUGCACCCAGAAGUUGCUCCCAUCGGGCGGGUCUGGGGGUUCUCCCAGCGGCUUUCAGGGGAGGGCGGGGCGAGAAGGAUCUGGGGCGGGACCAGGGUCUCUUUCGCUUUCCCUUUUGUUCUCCAACCGCCGCCGAGAUUCCGCGCGGGGGAGGAGAGGGCGGCUUCCCGGGUGGCUCCGCCUGUGCCCGUACCCCCACGCUCGCGGGGGCUCAGCGCCUUGCCGGCUCCGCGCACAAGUUGUGCCACGUGGCCUUGACCCCUGUGACUCCCCUGCAGCUCCCGGGCACGCACGAACGAGUCGACUCGCACGCUGUAAGCCCGUGAGUCGUCGGAGAGACUUGCUACCAAGAGCCCCGCGCGCCACGCCAUCCCCGCCCGACUGGCCCCCGACGCCCUGCGCCCUACGGCCCUCGCCCUUCCCGCACCCUGUGCUGCACGGUCUCCCCGGCCUGGCCCGCGCGCUACUUUUCCCGGCCUACUGGGCCCUGGACCAGCUGCUGGGCUGCUGGGCGCCGGCCGCACGCCCAAGCGACCCGAUCUGGCUGAGCGCCGCAGCGGGCGCCGGAGCGGCUCUGCUGCUCUGGCUGCUGCUGCAAGCCUGGCGCCGUCCCUUCUGCUACCAGCCCCCUCCGCAGUGCGGGGCGCCCCCCACGCCCUGGCGCCCCCCAACUGAGCCCGCGCGCAGCUUCAGCUUCUUCAGCGCCAACCUGUGCCUGCUCCCCGACGGGCUGGCGCGCUUCAGCAACUUGCCGCACAGCCAGCGGCGGGCCGAGACCGUGGGCGCCGUGCUGCUCGCCGGCCUGCGGCAUUCGCCCUAUGGGGCUACCGGCUGCAGUUCGCCAGUGCAGGGGAUGCCGUGCGGGGUGCUGAUAGGCGCCAUGCCAGCGAGUCUGGACUUCACGUGCCUGCAGGAGGUGUUCGAUCUUCGCGCAGAGCGACGCCUGGUGAGCCGCCUGGCACCCAAUCUGGGCCCGGUGUCGUACGACGUGGGCACAUUCGGCCUGCAGCCCGGGCUACACCUGAAGCUGCUGGGCAGCGGGCUGCUGCUGGCCUCGCGCUACCCGCUGCUACGCGCAGUCCUUCCUCACGCACGUCGCGAGGAUGCGCUGGCCUCCAAGGGACUACUUUCUGCACAGAGGACGGGCUCCUGCGCCGCAAACAGCUGACGCUGUUGCUGGACUGGGCCGAGCGGUCCGAGGUUGAGAGCCGCCAAAGCGACGAGGCCGUGGCCUUCAGUGUGCGCCUGGGUGACCUAAACUGCGACAACUGCUCGCUUAGCUGAGAGGAGGCUGCAGCGGGGCGGGCGGGCGGCCGGCGCACCAGCUGUUCAGCCGCUUCCGGGACCCCUGCCGGCUGGGGACGCGCCGGGGCUGCGGGCGGGCGGACCUAGGGCGGGCUCGCGGGCCGAGGCUCCCACUGAUACCGCCCUUGCCCGCCCUCCCCCGCCCUCCCCAGGAACGCGGCUGAGCACCUCCAAUCUCCGCCACUCCGUGGCCUGCUCCGCGGAGAUGCUGAGGGGAGUGGCUACCUGGGGGCCAGGCAACGCCCGGAAGGAGGGCUGCCCUGACCUUGCUGACGCCGCCACCCUCCUCAGGGCCUUGGAGCAGGGGGAAGGGCGCCGCCGCUCCCUGGCAGGCCCUCCCGGGGGAGGCCGCCCGGCUGAGCACUGGCGGGGCCGGCGCCGGGACUACGUCACCUACCGGGGAGGACCCGGGGGCAUUCCGAGCCCAGGAAGUGCCAGAGCUCAGGGUGCUGGGCCUGCUGGCGCUGGGGCGACUCCUCAACCUGACUCCUGCCCCCAAGAGGUGGAACAGGUGACAUUCAGCACCGCCCUGGCGGGGCUUACGGACCACCUGGCUGUGGGACUUCCAAGCCCUCCUAAGGCAGGUACGGAGGAGACAGGUGCCAGCACGGGUGGAAAGACAGACAGGGACGCAGAACGUGAGCCUGGCCAGCCGCCACUGGAACAGGACGACUUCAGGGAUCUUUAUUGUACGGGGCCCUCCCUCACACAGUCUCCUGGGCCCUGCGGUACUCAUAGACGCUGCCCCGCUCAGAGAAGGCUUUGGGCUGCAGGAGCGACGCCGGCAGUGGGGCGGGGUCCUCUGGGUCCCCAUAGCCCCCGCCGCCUGGUGUGUGGAGACAGAACACAUCCUGUGGGGCAGAGGGGAGGUUCAACCUGGGAGUGGGCUCUGCCUGUCUCCUGCCGCAAUCCCAUCCCCGGUGGGGCAGUGCAUCCACAGCAGCCAGCUGGGACCCCAGAGAGCCGGUCUGCGGCCCCCAUCCUUCAGGAGCCAAAUUAAACU